AUGAUAUACCGACCGUCAUCGCCUCGCUUCUGGCGACGGGCCACCGCGAUCGCUGCCGUGGCCGUCACAGGUUCGCUUACAUUCUAUGCACUACGCCCUCGUCGAUCGCACAAUGCUCUUCCCAGCGCUCCCUCCUCUCCCACAAUUCCCGCACUGUUCCCCCGAAUCCCUCAUCGAAGCGAACAACUCGCUGCAUUGCGACAGAGCGCGACGGACCCUAGUGCUGUAUACGAUCUUCUCGUCAUCGGCGGCGGUGCGACCGGCACUGGGAUCGCCCUGGAUGCCACCACGCGUGGUCUGAAAGUCGCCCUGGUCGAGCGCGACGACUUUGCCAGCGGUACCAGCAGUAAGAGCACGAAGCUUGUACACGGUGGGGUUCGGUACCUUGAGAAAGCCGUCAAGGAGCUAGAUUAUGAACAAUAUAAACUGGUGUGUUCAGCGCUCAAGGAGCGGCGGUACUUCUUAGACAUCGCGCCUCACCUGUCACAGGCGCUACCGCUGCUCCUGCCCGUUCGGCGGUGGUGGGAGGCGCCGUAUCUGUGGAUUGGCACGAAACUGUACGAUCUGCUGGCUGGGGCAGAGGGGUUGCAGAGCUCAUACUUUCUCCCGCGGGCUAAAGCGCUACAGGCGUUCCCAACACUGGACGCACGGCAGCUCGUCGGCGGUUUGGUGUACUACGACGGACAGCACAACGAUGCGCGGAUGAACGUGACCCUAGCCAUGACAGCUGUAGUGUACGGCGCGACGGUGUUGAAUCACGCCGAGGUGACCAGGCUAGAGAAGGAUGCCCAGGGCAAGAUCUGCGGAGUGCGCGUGUGUGAUAGAACCUCAAACGGGGGCGACGACGAUGAGUUCCUGGUACGAGCGCGCGGUGUUAUUAACGCGACAGGGCCGUUCGCUGACGCAAUCCAUCAACUGGACGAGCCUUCAACACACAAGAACAUCGUAAUGCCCAGCAGUGGGGUGCAUAUCGUGCUGCCGGAAAGCGUAGGCCCCAAGGAUGUCGGCCUGAUCGACCAAUCCUCGGACGGCCGCGUCGUCUUCCUCUUACCAUGGGAGGGCAAGAUGAUAGCAGGAACCACCGACAGGGCCUGCGAUAUUAACCCCAACCCCGUCCCCGAGGAGGAGGAUGUGAGCUGGAUCCUCAAAGAGCUGAACAGCACCUUAUCACCAGAGAAAAACGUACAACGCUCCGAUGUCCUGGCGACAUGGUCUGGAAUCCGCCCUCUCGUUCGUGAUCCCUCCUCCGCGGCCGACAACACAGAAGCCCUCACCCGCAGCCACCUCCUGACCGUCUCCAACUCGGGCCUCCUUACCUGCGUCGGUGGAAAAUGGACCACCUUCCGUGAAAUGGCCGAAGACGCCGUGAACACCGCAAUUGACGUGUUCCACUUAACGCCUCAGCCCCAAUCGAGGAAUCCCCCCAACAUCGCCGGCGUUGCGACCAUCAAUAAUACAGACGGAGAACCCCCCAAUGGCUCCUGCCAGACGCGUAACCUCAAACUUAUUGGCACGCAUGGCUACUCAUCGACCCUCUCCGCAGACCUUACCCGCUCCUUCCAGCUUCCACCAGAUGUAUCUUACCACCUCGCGCAAUCUUACGGCGAUCGCUCCUGGGAAGUCGCCUCUCUCUCUUCCCACCGCAUCGCUGGCGAUGCCUACCCCUACCUUGAUGGGGAGGUCCGCUUCGCCGUGCGCAGCGAGUACGCCCAGACCGCGGCGGAUGUCCUGGCUCGACGAACGCGCUUGGCGUUUUUGGACGUCCAGGCCGCGGUGAAAGCUCUACCAGAUGUGAUUGAUAUCAUGGCGGAGGAGUUGGGGUGGGGGGAAGGUCGGAGACAGGCUGAGUUUACAGCGACUGUAAGGUUUCUGCGGUCAAUGGGGUUGACGGAGGAGGAGGCAGGUGCGUUGUUAUCAUGA